AAAAACGCGCGCUUAAAAAUAAAAAACAUCCAGGGGGUAGGCGCUCCCGAUCGGCUAACUUCGGAAAGGAUCGGCAUUUGCGGCCAGUUGCAGGAAGGUAGCAUUGCUGUCGCUAGACUCUUGUUAUUUGAUUAAGCUCUCUAUUAUAUACAUAUGCUUGAAGACUUGUUAUCAUUAGGUUUGUCUAUGGCAGAAGUACAGUGUUCUGUUUGUUAUUUGCUGGCAGUAAGAGGUUUGAGAUACAGAAUUUGCAAAUACGCCUAUCAUAAUGGAUACCUCAGACAUACGAAAGAAAGUGAAAAGAUUGUUUGAUGUCUACUUUACGUUCAAACGAUUGUGCAUCACCUGUUUAGUACUGCUGGUCCUUAUCUGGUACUUUGGCCCGAAGUCACUUGUCACCAGAUUUUCCUUUAGCAUGGUUCCAUCACCAGGUUCUGCUGAAAAAUGCCUACAGGAUAGUUUGGCCCAAUAUAGAAUAGAUGAAAAGGAGUUUAAUGUAAAUAUUCAGCAUGUUCCUUUAUCAGAAAAUCAGAAAGUCUACCUUCCUUACAUUGGAAAUGGUCUGUUCGGCCUAACAUUGAAUGCUGACAGUUCUCUGUACAUACGGAAUGGCCGUUGCUUGUCUCGGCCUGUGCACUGGCAUCCAAACAUCGUUACCACCUUCAAGAUUUCUAACUCAGAAGAAGCAAUACUUUUGCAUUACGUGACUGGCAUGGCUCAUAAGUACCAGUGUUUCUCGAAUGGGCUGUCCAUUACAUCUGAACAUUAUGCCCAUCGCAGACUUCGAUCACUUUUGGUCCAGACCAUCAGGUUGACAAACCCUACGGAUGCACCACUGGUGGUGGAAUUUCAGCGCCUGGAGACCAAUCAUUGGUCCUCAUUCACCUCGCAAGUGAUCAACCUCAAGAACGGUGAUGAGGAAAAUGAAUACCAAGUUAUAACAGGUUCUGUGGAGGCUUCUACAAGUGAAGUUAUUGCAGUGUCUAUAGUGUCCAGGAAGAUGACUCAGCAUUUCCCGGUAAAACCACACAGUUCUGUUACAAUUGAUGUGCUUACGACUGUUUCAUAUUCAAAACCUGUAAAAAAAGAUUCUUAUACAGUUACAAAGGAAGUUGUGGAGAAGCAGGCAAUUGAGAACUUGAAGAAAGCGCUCCAGAGAGGCAUAAGGAAAUUGAGAGAAGAACACAUUGGGGUCUGGCAGCAGCUGUGGAGGACGGGCUUAUCCAUCAGCUACUCAAAGGCAGCAAAUGUUAUCAAUGGCGAUAAGAUCAAUGCCACCUUGUACUACGUCAUGUCGCAAGUGCCUUCUCUGUUGAAUGAAGAAUCUGUUACCAAAGAGAAGAAACCGGAAUUGGCCACCAGUCUGUCUCUAGCCGAAGGCUGCUACAAUGACCGCCAUACGUUACGUGCAGUGACACUGUGGAAUGACCUGUCAACUAUUGAUGAAAUAAAUGCAGUUGUAUCUGUAUGGUUAAUCACCUUGGAAAAACGGGGAUGUCACAAUCUGCUGACAUCCGGGGCAGUAGGGACAUUGCAAGCGAUGGUUCUUAGUUUUGGUGGCUUCCGCUUCAGCAACAAACAUCUGGAGUUCCACAUCCACCCUAAAUAUCUUCACAGAGACUACUUUUUCAGGCGCAUAAGCUAUGGAAACACAACACUUGUAAAUGUCAGUGUUGUCGUACAAGAAGAUAACAAGGCUAUAAUUUACGCAUCAUUAGACCAACAUGAUACUUCUUAUUAUGCCUGUGAUGGUGGCUGUUUGGAUGACCCAGUGCAGUUAGGGUGGGAGAGGAAAUGGUUUCCAGUAAAGUUGACUGAUCCUGUUACUGCAGUGCUGUAUAUAUCACAUGAUAGAAAGCAUUUAGAAGAGAUGCACCAUGCUAUUCACGUAAAAGAAGUAGUAGAAGCACCACCUCACGAACACCAUGUUAUUGCACUUCACAAACAUGGCCAUCAUUUUGGAGGGCUGCCAACCUUGUUUUGGGUUUCCAUUUGUUUUCUCAUCAUCAUCUUCCACCUGUUCCUCUUCAAGUUGAUUUACAACGAGUACUGUGGUUCUUCAGAAAAGUACCGCAACAGAUGUCGCUCCAUCUUAUCAUCCAUGUAGAAGAGUUACCCGAAAAGCUAACAAGAAUAUUGCCAUGGAAAUGGAAGUAUGGUUAAGGAAAUAUUUUUCAAAUGUUUGUAAACAGUAAACAACAUAUAAAAAAUCUUAUAACUGUAAAAUUAAAAUACAAACAACCCUAUAGCAAAUUUAAUUUCAAUAUGAAAAAGUCUACAAUAAUGUUUACAAGAAACGAAAUUGCAAUAGCAAUACAAAAAUAUCGCAAUUUUGUUACAUUGUUAACAUAUAUUUAUUUUUAAUAAAGGCAAUAAAAAUGA